UAUCUGGACAUUUACAGUUGUUUGAGUGUCUGCAUGUUAAUGCAGCUCUGCUAGUUGUUCAUGCUUAUAUUCUGAUAUGUGCAUUUCAAGUACUUUUAAGGUUUGCCUUUAUUGUAAUACUUGCCUGGAUAUCUACACCAACUUUCUGUUUAUUGCAAAGGUUUGAUCAUACUUGUUAAGGGGUUUCUUCUGACUUGAUAAUUUCAAAUUGAGUUGAUAAUGUCAAAGUCAGGUAGCCUCAAGGAGACAGAAGAGCAGAUGCCUGGUUCCCAGCACGAAGUUCAAGACUUCCAGAGUGAGCUCCACUCAGUGGCAGUUAUAUCUGAGACACCUGACCUGAAGGGCCUCGACGCUCUGAACGUGCACGGAACCCGACAGAAAAAACGCGUGCACUACAAGAGGCCAAGAAAAAGGAGAAAUGUCCGCUCUCCAUGUACGAAAAAUGGAAGCUCGACAUACAUAAAGCAAGAGAUCAGCUGAAGACGUACAUGCCAGAGAGUGAGCUCUGGCCUCUCAUUGAAGAGCUUAAGAAAGUUAAAGACAUAAUGAACCUGUAUUUUGGAAUUCGAGAUCUUGCCACACCUUCCACCGAUGUGAGAAGAAGCGUUGACACUUGUGAAUCAGUUACCACAGAAAUCAUCACCAUUGCCUAUGGCAGAGCAAUAGAUGAAGGUGAAUUUACUGAGGACAUGGAAAGACGCCGCCUUCAUGAACUGCUCCACCUUGACUAUGCAAAGUCUGUCUAUGGAUCUGCUGCUUCCUUGAUGAGUCACAGCAAGUCUGACCAACACUCCACAGCUUCAUCCAUGGCAGCUAAGUGUGCAGCUGCAGAGCUAGCAAUGAAGGAAGCAAAUUAUGAAAUGGUGGAGGCAGAAGAAAGACAAAGAGAAGUCAUCCGAGAGUUAGAGGAACAGUAACAGAAGGCUCUGGAGGCACAAAGGCGUGAGUUGGAGCGAUUGCAGGUAGUGAAGGAAGUGUAGGCAGCUCAAGCUAAGCUAAAGGUAUACGAUAAAGAGACGGAACGCAAAGCUGCUGACUGCAUUAAUGAUGAAAGGAACAAGGAAACAAAGAACGCGCCUGCAACUGCAGUCCCUCUAUCUCAUGUUGCAACACCCCCCUCACACAGAUGUUUUCUCUCUUGCUUGUGUCUUUCAAGACAGCAUAGCCUCCCUGUUCCAAAGCCAUUUAUUUUCAAUUGUGAUGCAAUAUGGUUCACUGAAUGGAAAGCAGCGUUUACCUCACUCAUUGACCAAAGAGCAAUCACACCAGUUGAAAAAUUCUAUUAUCUGAAGAAAUAUGUUGGUGGUCCAGCACGCCAGGUGCUAGAAGGCACUUUCUUCCGGAAUGAUGAUGAAGCCUAUCAGGAGGCCUGGAACAAGCUGAAUCAUCGCUUUGGCCAGCCAUUCGCCAUUCAGCAAGCAUUCAGAGAGAAGCUCACCAAUUGGCCAAGGAUUCAACCUAAGGAUGUUGAAGGACUCAGAAACUUCUCAGCUUUUCUGAAUGCCUGUCAAGAUGCCAUGCCCCACGUCAAGGGUCUUGACAUACUAAAUGACUGUGAGGAGAAUCAGAAGCUCGCCCACAAACUACAAGACUGGGGAGCUUCAUGCUGGAACUGACAAGUCACUCAAAGCCUGAAUGAGAAGCAAGAAUUUCCAAGUUUCAAGGACUUUGCAACAUUUGUGUCAACUGAAGCUGAGAUUGCCUGCAAUCCAAUUACAUCGCUUCAUUUGUCAGACUCUAACACUAAGAAGAGAAAUCUCAGACACAAAUGCCCCUUUUCCACCAAAGCAGUUCCAGGGCUGGUUCGGGGCCAGUGCUUAGUUUGGAACCGGGUUUUCUGUUUCCACUGACAAAGAACUGGCUCUGGGGCCAGAAAAACUGGUUCCAGGCUAGCAUCAACUCUCUGCUGGGCCAGAGGAAAGAACCGCUUACAUCAGCGGGGGGGCGGAGUUGUUAAGACCAACAACAACAAGACCGCGAAAGAUCGCCAUUUUUAAGCGACAAGAAGCAGCAGCUGUACAAACGCGAAGUCAUCCAUUAUUAUUGCUGUUGUUGUUGCUGCUGCUACUUCUUCCGCAUUGUUUUUGCUUUGAUAUUCGCGCCAAGGUUUAUGCAAACGUAGCGACGUAACUGACGUAUACAGUGACGUAAUGACAUAUACAACGACUUAACUGACGUAUACAGCGACGUAAUGACGUGUCUUCUCUUAGCACCGUGAGCGAUGGAAAAGCAAACUGGUUCUCAGCUGGCUCGCAAGUUGAACGAGUUGUGAACCAGCACCAGCACUGGCCCCGAACCAGCCCUGGAACUGAUUUGGUGGAAAAGGGGUAAAAGAGAAACAAGGCCAGUGUUCUCACCACUCACACAGCUACAGACAACACAAAUCAAAGGUUAGACCAGAAAAGGGCUAAAGCUCCAUGCAUCCUUUGUCAAGAUAAGACACCAACUUCAUGCAUGUCCCAAGUUCACAGAGAUGUUGUUGGCAGAACGAUGGAACUAUGUAAAGGAGAAGAAACUAUGCUACGGAUGCUUAAAAUCUAGACACGGCGCAAAAGACUGUCGUCAUCAUCACUUCUGUGACAACUGCAAAGGAAGUCAUCCUACAGUCCUCCAUGAUUGCAACUAUAGAAAGGAAAGGUCUUCAUCUGAAACAGGGAUGAAUCCAAGUGCUGUUGCUGCAACGUCACUCAGUGUAGCAGGCGAAGGCUCAUCCUACAUAUCGAUGGUAAUACCAGUGUGGGUGUCAACUAAAAACAAUUCAACAGCUGAGAAGCUUGUCUAUGCUCUGCUUGACACUCAAAGUGAUACAACAUUUGUCGACCAAGAAGUGAGCGACAGUCUAAUUGCUGACAAGUAUCCAGUGAAGUUGAAGUUGACCACCAUGAGUGGAAAAAACACAGUUCUCCCAAGUGAGAGAGUCUCCGGCCUUCGUGUAAGGGGAUACAGUUCUGCUAUUCAGGUUGAUCUUCCAGUUGCCUACACGAAGGACUGCAUACCCGUUAACCGUGCUCACGUUCCCACUUGUGAGACAGCUAAACAAAUGGAGUCAUCUCAGAGAAAUAGCAGACGAAAUCCAACCACUAAAGGACUGUGAAGUAGGACUUCUUAUAGGCUACAACUGCUCCAGAGCCAUGGCACCAAGGCAGGUCAUCCUAGGAGGAGAUGAGGAACCCUAUGCAAUACGGACAGACUUAGGAUGGACUAUUGUGGGGCGCUCAUCCCAAGGCCAUGAUCUGUUGAGCACAAGUCACCUGUGUCACAAAAUCACAGUUAAAGAGCUACCUCUGGUAACUCCUGCCGAUGCUAUUUGCAUUCUAGAAUCUGACUUCAAGGAUGGCAGUGAAGACAGCAAAGCAGCGUCACAAGACGACAUCGCCUUCCUCCACAAGCUAGAUGAGGGUAUACGGAAAAACAUGCAUGGCCAUUAUGAAAUGCCCCUGCCCUUUAAAAACAGACCUAGCUCGCCGGACAACAAAGACUCAGCCUUGAUACGCCUCAACAACUUGAAAAGGAAACCGCAACGGGACGAAAGGUAAGUUGAGCUCAUGGAGGAGGUAAUUGAGAAGGGAGAUGCAGAGCAGGUUGAAGAUGGUGGGAGUGAAGGUGAGAGAUGGUACAUUCCCCAUCACGGUGUUCAUCAUGCAAAGAAGCCAGAAAAGCUUCGCAUAGUGUUUGAUUGCUACGCCAGAUAUAAAGGAACCAGCCUAAAUGACCACCUCCUCUCUGGUCCUGACAUGCUGAACAAGUUGAGUGGUGUUCUCAUUCACUUUCGACAACACCCUGUUGCUCUGAUGUGUGACACUGAAAAAAUGUUCUAUCAAUUUCAUGUGUAUGAGGCUGAUUGCAACUACCUGCGCUUUCUCUGGUGGAAGCAAGGAGACGUGAACUCACCGCCCAGUGAGUUCCGGAUGAAGGUGCAUCUGUUCAGUGCUGCUUCCUCUCCUGGAUGCGCAAACUAUGGGCUGAAGCAUCUAGCUAAAGAGAAUAGCAACCUCUACCCUAAAGGCUCCCAGUUCAUCAUGAGGGAUUUUUACGUAGAUGACGGGCUUGCCAGUGUUGAAAGCACUGAAGAUGCUAUUAAGCUUGCCAGAGAAGCUCGUGAACUGUGCACCACGGGUGGUCUGUGACUACACAAGUUUAUGUUAAACGACAGAGACGUUCUAGAGAGUAUACCACUGUCAGAAUGAGCAACUAAUGUGAAAAAUAUGGACCUCACCUUCGACAACCUGCCACUUGAGAGAGUCCUAGGGAUUCAAUGGGAUGUGGAAUCUGACCACUUCCGGCUUAAUGUCAACCUAAAAGGAUCAGCCUGCAACAUGCCGCAAAUCCUGUCUGUAGUGGCUUCCCUGUAUGACCCUCUCGGGUUUGUGGCGCCUGUUCUGCUCAAAGCGAGGAUCAUUAGGUGAGGCACAGGCUGGGAUGAUCCUCUCCCAGAUGAACUUCAUCCAAAAUGGGAACAGUGGAGAAGUGAUCUAGCCAAAUUAGAUAAUGUUACCAUAUCCCAUACCUGUUCACCUGCUGGAUUUGGAAAGGUCACAAAGACAGAGCUGCAUCAUUUCUCGGAUGCUAGCCUUAAGGGUUAUGGCCAGUGCUUGUACUUGAGACUUCAAAAUGAAGAGGGAGACAUUCACUGUGCUUUAGUUGUAGGAAAGGCACACGUCUCACCAUCCAAGGUUACAACUGUUCUGAGAUUGGAACUAACAGCCGCAGUUGUUUCUGUGAAGAUGAGCAACAUGCUCAAGGAUGAAUUUGCAUCUGCUGGGACUGAGGAGUUCUUCUGGACUGAUUCUAAGGUGGUCUUAGGAAAAAUCAACAAUGAAGCAUGACGAUUCCACACCUUUGUGGCUAAUCGCGUUCAGAAGAUUCAGCUCAGCUCAGCCCCUCAGCAAUGGAGAUACAUCCCAACCAAUGAGAAUCCUGCUGACCAUGCUUCUAGGGGCUUGAAUCCCAGUGAGCUUUGUUCAUCCAUCUGGCUCACUGGACCCAAGUUCUUAUGGAACAAGGAAAUGAAGCUGCCUGCUGCUGAGAUUCCAGAGUUAACGAUCGGAGAUCCAGAGGUCAGAAGUGCUCUAGUGCUUAGCACAAGAAUCACAGAAUGAGUAAGCCUUGUUGAUCGCUUGUCUAAGCUCUCAUCUUGGUCACUGGCUACUCGAGUUGUUGCAUGCAUACUAAGGUGCAUCAGCAAGAACAGAUCAAACAGUCUCACCACUGUAACAGAAAGAGAACAUGCAGAACAUUGCAUAAUCAUAGACCUGCAGAAAAAUGUGUAUCAAGAGGACCUGAAACUGCUGAGCAAAGGGAUCCCCCUACCAUCUCAAAAUCCAUUAUACUCACUUGAUGCCUUCCUCGACAAAGAUGGCGUCCUCAGGGUGGGAGGUAGGCUGUGCAACUCUUCCCGACUCCAUCAAGCACCCUGCAAUCAUCCCCAAGGAUCAUCACGUUGCAAAGAUGAUCAUUGCUCAUCACCAUGAAAGGAUGAAACAUCAAGGCAAAGGUCUUACCAUUAAUAACAUCAGGUCCCAUGGAUACUGGAUUCCUGGCAUCAAUCAGGCAGUAGCAUCCGACAUUUGUCAAUACAUUACCUGUAGACGGCUUCGGAAACCAACGGAAGAGCAAAGGAUAGCUGAUCUACCCCACGAACAUGUGGAACCAUCAUCCCCCUUUACCUUCUGUGGAAUGGGCUGCUUUUGUCCAUUUUUCACAAAGCAGGGUAGAAAGGAGAACAAGAAGUAUGGUCUUCUCUUCACUUGCCUUAACUCCUGCACCAUCUAUAUUGAGAUGCUUGAUGACAUGUCCACCGAUGCCCUCAUAAAUGGCCUACGAUGCUUUAUUGCCAUACGUGGCACUGUUCGUCAAAUCAAGUCUGAUCAAGGAAGCAACUUUGUUGGAGCCAAAAAUGAACUCAAAGAAGCUCUAAAAGAAGUCAGUGCAGACCAGCUGGCUGCAUUUCUUGCUGAGAAGCAAUGCGAGUUCAGCAUGAAUGCACCCUAUUUGAGCCAUGUCGGAGGGGUGUGGGAGAGACCGGUUAGAACAGUGAGAGGCAUCCUAAGGUCCACGCUUGCUCUUUCUUCUGGUAGGCUAAAUGAUGCUUCGCUACGAGCUUUCCUCUAUGAAGCUAUGGCAAUCGUCAACAGCUGUCCACUGACUGUUAACAACCUCAGUGACCCCCACAGCCUCGAGCCACUCACCCCUAAUCAUCCAACUAUGAAAUCUGUCAAGGCCUUGCCUCCUCCAGGUGAGUUCAUCAGAGAAGACAUGUAUAGCAAGAAAAGGUGGUGACAUGUUCAAUACCUGGCAGAACAGUUUUGGAGUUGAUGGCGAAAGGAAUACCUGGCCAACAUUGCCCUCAGACAGCGCUGGCAUACUCCCAGGAGAAAUCUACAAGUUGGAGAUAUCAUAAUGAUGAAAGGAGAGGAUGUGCACAGGAACGACUGGAGGUUGGGCAGAGUUUCAGAAACCACUACUGACAAAGACGGACUACUAAGGAGAGUUAAGGUCUGCCUCGGUGACAGGAAGCUUGGCAAGAAAGGGGAGCAUCUCCACAAGAUGUCUGAAGUGGAGCGCCCAGUCCAGAAGUCCAGUCUUGCUGCUGGAGACUGAUUUAAACCUGUUCACCUUAUAGUUAAUAAUACCUUCUACCUAUAGCUUGUAAACUUAUAGUUCAUGGUUUAAAGGGAUUUUCUACGUUUUAAACAAGUUAUUUGUAUAGGGAAGGUCAUUUUCAGUUUUGAAAUCAUUCGUGCCUAAUGUAAACCAUAUACUGUUCCAUUAUUUACUCAUGAUUGGUGGGAGUGUAAAUGAGACUUAUUGAUGGUAUAUAAGCAAGUUAACUACUUCCUGUAAGUUUUAUUUUCUUAGUGCCUUUUAUGUUUUCAGGUCUUUUAUUUUGAAGCCCUUCAUUUGAGAGUCAGCAACUUGUUUAUAAGUGUUCACACAUGAAUGGCAGCUAAUUGAAGUGUGUACGGAAGAAAAAGGUGUUUUGAAGACAUUGCUUUGCAAUGUAGCGUUUCAUUACGGAUAAUUAAGUGCCUAGCUGGAAAUGGGAACAAGGCCUGGCUGGAGUUCACUUUGUUGGCUGAGUCUGGAAGAUGCAUGCCUGUGGAAAGGUCAAAGCCUGUGCUGAGGGCCUGAUGCUGGGCGUGCUGCAAGAUAGCGCCACCUGCCUCCUUGAGUUGCAUGGCAGCUUUGUGGAACACCGUAUCACUGGAAUUGUACCGCAGGCAGUUGGACACCAUUAAGUUGAAGUCAGCUUCCAGAUCAGCCACGGAGCAGUACUUAUGUGCCUCCAGCUUCUCACGCAUUGUAGAGAAGUCCAUGGGCUCAGAAACAACCUCCAGAUAAUCUGGAACCUACAUAAGAGAAUGAAGUACACAGCAAAGCUAGUCAUUUUAUUUUACAAAAGCCUGUUGCCCAGCAGCCAGUUGCACCAUUUGAACAAAAGUUGGACCUUUGGACCUUUCAUUUGAUGUGCAUUGUAGCCAAUUCUCAAUUAAAUUUCAGAUAGGGCUUUAACAACUGACUUUGUCAGAAAGCAGCUUUACAGAAAUCCAAAUAUAGAUUACAUUUAGUUCUCUAAGGAACAAGUCAGAGGUGACUGUGGUGAAGGAAACCUUCCUGAGACAACAUGAAGAAACCAGACUCAAAAGUGAACCCAACCUCUUCUGGUCGACACUGUCCAAUGGAAAUAUAAAGCAUUAUACUGCAUACACCAUUUGAUGGAAAUGGGAAUUUGAGCUUGGGAUGUCAUCAUUUUUUACCUUUUGAGGUACAAAGUGUGUGUGUGUGGGGGGGGGAAUGGACAGCUCCAUCUUCAUUUAUUAGCAACAAAUGAAGUGUGCCAGCUAAAGUGUGAUGA